ACUCUUUGUCACACACUUUAGUACUCUGAUUAUUUGUGAUAUUCUUUUACAAAAAUCAAGAGUAAAAGGCACGAUUCUCGCGACCUAAUCAGGACAAUUUCCAUUAAAGUUCUUGAAUAUUACUUUAUCUUUUUGGGUUUCGUAUUGUAAUUUAUUUUCUUUCUAGAAAGUAAACAUACGAAGUAUUGAGCUUCACUUACCCAAAGCAACAAAUAUACCCCCAAUUUCCAUUUGGUUAAGAACUAGGACCUAAUUAUCAAACUUAUUUAUUUCAAACUUCAAUCAUGAGCGAACGGUCAAUGCUUGAUGUGGACAGGGAAAGAGUCACCUGUCUCCUCCUUAUAAACACACAGCUUAUGAAGAAAACAAUUAAUUUAUACUCAAACUUGUUGACUAAUCAACAAAUGCUUCAACAGAUUCCUCCCCAAAAUAAACAAACCAUCAUGGAACUGUACCAAAAUUGUACCAGACGUAUUCAUUGCAAUUUGUCAGUAUUGACAUUUAUUAACGAGAAAUAUCAUGCAGAUGCAAAUCAUCAACUGCCUCCAAAUAGACCUCAAUUCCCAGUAAUCAUGUCUGCUCCACCAGAUAUGCCUGAACUUAACCAAUUAUAUACAAAACUUCAGGAACUUUAUCCUGAAGCCCUUCAAUUCCUCAAGAUGAAAAUCCAACAAUUACGCAAAUCUCAGGGUCAAUUUCCAAACCAAAGUCCUCAACAAAUGGGAACUCCUCAACAACAACAACAACAAUCAUUACCACCACAGCGUCCGACUUCUCAGCAACAUGCUCAACAUACACCACAACAACAACAAAUGAUGAUGAAUACACAACCAGUCUUUAAAAAUAACAAUAAUGAUGCACUGUUUAAUGGAGGCAAUGGCAUCAAUGGAGUCAACGGCAUGAAUGGAAUCAAUGGGACCAACUCAUCAAUGUUUGACAAUAAUAUGGUCUCUCAACAGCCUAUCCAACAACAGGCCCCUAUUCAAAUGAACAAUGUUUCUCCUCUGCUGCUUCUUCAAAUGGACAAUCAGAACUCCAACGCGAACCAAAACGGUGGUGGCAUGUUGGACUUCUUUUAAACAAAAACGAAAAAAAAAAUGAACAAUUGUACAAUAUGUAAUAAUAGUAUUAA